UCGGCUGAGCUGAUCGGACUCGCCGACUGUCCUGACUGUCACACUGUGCUGUGAAAGAUCACAUCUAUAUCCAAAGCUAGCAUGGUUCAAUUAGCAAGCUAAAUGCAGUCUUCCAGGCCAGAUCUGCUACCUGGUUCCAGAUAAAUCUGGUCCAGUCUGCUUGUAUCUGGAUGAAACCGGUUUGAGAUUGAUGGUCCAGCAGAGUGUAUUUUGGAGCAGGUCUUGGCUGUUGGUUGCUAGGAGGUACUGCAUGUAUUCCAUGAUGCAGCAAGAGGGUAGAGUGCAGUUCCUUAAAUAUCACCUGGGAACUGUCAGAGGUGUUGCUUUCUGUCCUAAGGAUCGCUACUUAUUUUGCUCAGGGGCUUUUGAUGGCAGGGUAAACCUAUACACAGCACAGAAAUGCAUCUUACUGCAAAGUUACUCAGUUACCACCUUUAGUCUAGCUAGAAAUAUUCACGCUGUACGUUUUACAAGUGAUGGCAGAAAGAUACUAGCCACCACCUCGGCAGGGAGAUUAGCUGUAGUUGAUGUGGAAACAGGUGCCCAGUUAAUUACAUAUGAAAGCUGCGCUUUUAACCGUAAGGACCGGACUGGCCUGGCUGUAGACCCUAAGUGCCCUAAUACAGUAGUUUGUACCUGUGUCAAUGGGAAGGGUUUAGCUGUUUUUGAUUUACGAAUGUCCAUUCCACGACUAUAUAUAUAUGAUCUUCAUAGUGAUAUAAUCCGUGAUGUGACUUUCCUUGGAGACAGUUGGCCCUGGUGCUCUGGUGAAACCACCUUCGUCACGGCAUCAGUUGAUGGACAUGGCAAGGUCGUAACGCUUGAUGGAAGGACUCUCUUAGACAUCUCAGCUGGGACCGUACUGCAAUGUGUGGACCCAACACCAGGGCCAUAUAACGCUAUGGAAGAAGAUGGUUUCUGUAGCGUGGUAAUGCUAGGUGGAGGUGAAGUGUGUGCUUACUUGCCUCAUGCUGGUGUACAAGAAACACUCAAACAAAGUGGGGAGGAUGCAAUAUGGAAACUCAAGUAUACGUCCAAUGGAAGUAUGCUGUACACGGCGUGUGAAAAAGGAGUAAUUCGUAGAUAUCGACGUUACCCUGACCGUCAUGAAUAUCUUGGGGAGGUAUUCAGACACAAAGCUGAUGUACAAGACAUGGACAUCUCACCGUAUGACGAAUACUUAGUAACUGCUUCUAAGGAUCGGUCUGUAGGAAUCAUCAAACUGGGUCUGCCCAAUCACGGAUGCACAGAGUACGGAGAGUUCACAUGACAGAUAAACAGCCUUGACUAUAGAUUUCUUAUAAAUUAGCAUCAUCAGUUACCAUGGUAACACUGGCGUUUUAUACAUUCGUCUAGUAAUAGGGAUUGUGACAUACUAAAGUAGGGGGACCAGCCUAUAAAUUUUGAGGUGUUGUUUUGGAUCAAUAACUUCUUAAGAUGUUUUUCUGUUUUGGAAAUUUGUUUGUCCUCAGGGUAGUGCAAUUAAUUAUGAUGACCUUGGAAUGUUCUAAACUCCCGGGAAGUAUAGGGGAGAUGCGGGAGAG